GCCCCCGCUGCGGCCAUGGAGCCCUCCCCGGUCCCCCCGGGCCCCCCCGGCCCCUUGGGCGAGUUCCUGCCGCCCCCCGAGUGCCCCGUCUUCGAGCCCAGCUGGGAGGAGUUCGCCGACCCCUUCGCCUUCAUCCACAAGAUCCGACCCAUCGCCGAGCAGACCGGCAUCUGCAAGGUCCGGCCGCCCCCGGACUGGCAGCCGCCAUUUGCUUGUGAUGUUGACAAACUUCAUUUCACUCCUCGAAUCCAGAGGCUGAAUGAAUUGGAGGCACAAACUCGGGUGAAAUUGAAUUUUCUGGACCAGAUUGCUAAAUUUUGGGAGCUUCAGGGUUGUACCCUGAAAAUUCCACAUGUAGAGAGGAAGAUCUUGGAUUUGUUUCAACUAAAUCGGCUGGUCGCCGAAGAAGGUGGAUUUGACGUUGUCUGUAAGGACAGAAAAUGGACCAAAAUAGCCACCAAAAUGGGAUUUGCUCCAGGGAAGGCUGUGGGAUCACACAUUCGGGCACAUUAUGAGCGCAUCCUUUACCCAUACAACUUAUUUCAGUCUGGAGCUAGUCUUUUGGCACCUGACAUAUGUUCCAAACUGAUGUGUUUAGUGGAUCAUGGCGUUCUGGAAAAGUGCCUGCAGAAACCAAGUCUUACCACGGACACUAAGGAUAAGGAGUACAAGCCUCAUGAUAUUCCCCAGCGACAGUCAGUUCAGCCUGCCGAAACCUGUCCACCAGCCCGCCGGGCUAAGCGCAUGCGAGCAGAGGCAACAAAUGUUAAAACGGAACCAGGGGAGUUACCCGAAGCCAGGACUCAUAAUCUGAGACGUCGAAUGGGGUGCCCUUCUUCCAAAUGUGAAAAUGCAGAGAAAGAAAUGCGCAGCAUCAUAAAGCGAGAACUUGUUGAGAAGAAAGAACUCAUUGGUGAAAUUGAGAAGGAGAAACCCAAAAGUCGGUCUAAAAAGAGCACAAAUGCUGUGGAUCUCUAUGUCUGCCUCUUGUGUGGCAGUGGCAGUGAUGAGGACCGCCUUCUCCUGUGUGAUGGUUGUGAUGAUAGCUACCACACCUUCUGCUUGAUUCCACCGCUCCAUGAUGUGCCAAAGGGAGAUUGGAGGUGUCCUAAAUGUUUGGCUCAGGAGUGUAAUAAGCCACAAGAAGCAUUUGGUUUUGAACAAGCAGCCAGGGACUACACACUUCGCACUUUUGGGGAAAUGGCGGAUGCAUUUAAGUCCGACUACUUCAACAUGCCGGUUCACAUGGUUCCUACAGAGCUGGUGGAGAAAGAAUUUUGGCGUCUGGUUAGCACUAUUGAAGAAGAUGUCACCGUGGAAUAUGGGGCUGAUAUUGCCUCAAAGGAAUUUGGCAGCGGCUUUCCCGUCCGAGAUGGGAAAAUCAAACUUUCCCCAGAGGAGGAGGAAUAUCUUGAUAGUGGCUGGAAUUUGAACAACAUGCCUGUGAUGGAGCAAUCUGUCCUGGCUCACAUUACUGCAGAUAUAUGUGGCAUGAAACUGCCAUGGCUUUAUGUGGGAAUGUGCUUUUCUUCAUUCUGUUGGCACAUUGAAGACCAUUGGAGUUACUCUAUUAACUACCUGCACUGGGGGGAGCCUAAAACCUGGUAUGGAGCCCCAGGCUAUGCAGCUGAGCAGCUGGAAGAUGUAAUGAAGAAAUUGGCUCCAGAGCUGUUUGUCUCCCAGCCAGAUCUCCUCCAUCAACUUGUCACCAUCAUGAACCCAAAUACAUUGAUGGCUCAUGGUGUGCCUGUUUACCGAACUAAUCAGUGUGCUGGAGAGUUUGUGAUUACAUUUCCAAGAGCCUAUCACAGUGGCUUUAACCAAGGUUUUAAUUUUGCCGAAGCAGUUAACUUCUGCACUGUCGACUGGCUGCCUCUAGGCCGUCAGUGUGUGGAGCAUUAUCGCCUGCUGAACCGUUACUGUGUAUUUUCUCAUGAUGAGAUGAUCUGUAAAAUGGCUUCCAAAGCAGACGUCUUGGAUGUGGUGGUGGCUUCAACUGUUCAGAAAGAUAUGGCUAUUAUGAUCGAGGAUGAAAAGACUUUACGGGAGACUGCCCGUAAAUUGGGAGUAAUCGAUUCAGAAAGAAUGGAUUUUGAGCUGUUGCCAGAUGAUGAGCGGCAGUGUGUAAAAUGCAAAACCACCUGCUUCAUGUCGGGUGUCUCCUGCUCUUGCAAACCUGGGCUGCUGGUAUGUCUACAUCAUGUGGAGGACCUGUGCUCCUGCCCUAUGUAUAAAUAUAAAAUGGGAUAUAGAUACACUUUGGAUGAUCUCUACCCAAUGAUGAAUGCACUGAAGCUGCGGGCAGAGUCUUAUAAUGAAUGGGCAUCAAAUGUGAAUGAAGCUUUGGAGGCCAAGAUCAACAAUAAGAAAAGCCUGGUCAGCUUUAAGGCUUUGAUAGAAGAGUCUGAAAUGAGGAAGUUUCCCGACAAUGAUCUGCUGCGCCAUCUUCGUUUAGUCACCCAGGAUGCAGAUAAGUGCGCGUCUGUGGCCCAGCAGCUACUCAAUGGCAAAAGACAAACCAGAUAUCGUUCCGGUGGCGGGAAAUCACAAAAUCAGCUGACAGUGAAUGAACUGCGGCUAUUUGUAAGGCAGCUGUAUGCUCUACCCUGUGUCUUGAGCCAGACACCAUUGCUGAAGGAUCUCCUUAACCGAGUGGAAGAUUUCCAACAUCACAGCCAGAAACUCCUGUCGGAGGAGAUGCCCCGUGCAGCAGAGCUGCAGGAGCUGCUGGAUGUAAGCUUCGAUUUUGACGUCGAGCUUCCGCAGCUCGCUGAGCUUCGGGUCCGCCUGGAGCAGGCCCGAUGGCUGGAAGAGGUGCAGCAAGCGUGUCUGGACCCCAGUUCUCUCACCCUGGAUGAUAUGAGGCGCCUGAUAGAUCUAGGAGUGGGACUGGCACCCUAUUCAGCAGUGGAAAAAGCAAUGGCCAGGCUGCAGGAGCUCCUGACGGUGUCGGAGCACUGGGAUGAUAAAGCGAGGAGCCUGAUCAAAUCCAGACCACGGCACUCAUUAAAUAGUCUUGCAGCAGCAGUAAAGGAGAUUGAGGAGAUUCCUGCGUAUCUCCCAAAUGGCCUUACCCUGAAAGAUGCUGUUCAGAAAGCCAAAGAUUGGCUACAGGAAGUGGAUGCCCUUCAGGCUGGAGGCCGAGUGCCCGUAUUAGACACACUCAUGGAGCUUGUGUCACGAGGUCGAUCUAUCCCAGUUCACCUGAAUUCCCUGCCAAGACUGGAGUCCCUGGUGGCCGAGGUUCAGGCAUGGAAGGAGUGUGCUGCCAAUACGUUCCUGACCGAAAACUCACCAUAUUCUCUUCUGGAGGUGUUGUGUCCCCGAUGUGAUGUGGGCAUGAUGGGAUUGAAAAGAAAACAGAGGAAGUUAAAGGAGCCUUUGCCAAACGGAAAGAAGAGAAGCACUAGGCUGGAGAGUCUAAGCGACCUGGAGAGAGCUCUGACUGAAAGCAAAGAGACGGCUUCAGCAAUGGCCACUCUCGGGGAAGCCCGUUCGAAGGAGAUGGAAGCCCUGCACGCCCUGAGAUUGGCAAACGAAGGGAAGCUCCUGUCACCUGCCCAGGAUACAGAGAUGAAAGUCUGCCUGUGUCAGAAAACACCAGCCGCGCCCAUGAUCCAGUGCGAACUCUGCCGGGACGCCUUCCACACGGGCUGCGUGGCCGUCCCCAGCAUCUUGCAAGGACCCCGUGUCUGGCUGUGCCCCCACUGUCGGAGAUCCGAGAAACCCCCAUUAGAGAAAAUCCUGCCCCUGCUGGCCUCCCUGCAGCGCAUCCGUGUGAGGCUUCCCGAGGGAGACGCGCUGCGGUAUAUGAUCGAGAGAACCGUGAACUGGCAACAUAGAGCCCAGCAAAUGUUAUCUUCAGGGAGCUUAAAAUUUGUACAAGACAGUGUGGGGUCGGGACUGUUGUACAGCAGAUGGCAGGCGUCAGCUGGACAGUUGCCAGAGACAAACAAGGUGUCGCAGACCAUUGGGGCCACAUCCUUCUCUCUGCCCCAUGACUGGGAUAGCCGAACCUCAUAUUUACACUCUCCGUUUUCUACUGGACGAAGCUGCAUCCCCCUCCAUGGUAUCAGUCCAGAACUGGAUGAACUGAUGAUGGAAGCCCAGUUGCUCCAGGUGUCUCUCCCUGAAAUUCAAGAACUCUACCAGACCUUGCUCACCAAACCGAGUCCUCCUAAGCAGAGUGACCGCAACUUCCCCGUUGGCCUCACCAGUGAGAAGAGUGACUGCUGCCGGGGGAAGCGGGAUGGGGGCAGCAGUCUGGAGAGGAAGCUCAAGAGGCGCCUAGAGAGAGAGGGCUUGUCCACUGAGCGGAGGGAGCGAAUGAAGAAAAUGCGGACCCCCCAAAAGAAGAAAAUCAGAAUGGCCCACUCGAAGGACAUGAACGGUCUUAAGCUCGAGAGAGAGCGGGGUUACGAACUGACCCACUCCAGUGAAACCCAGUCUCUGCCCUCUGACACCUCCUUCUCGGAGCAAGAGGACUCUGAGGAUGAAGACGCCAUCUGCCCAGCCAGGAGCUGCCUACAGCCAGAAGGAGAUGAGGUGGAUUGGGUCCAGUGCGAUGGCAGCUGCAAUCAGUGGUUUCAUCAGGUGUGUGUUGGUGUUUCUCCAGAGAUGGCAGAGAAGGAAGACUACAUCUGUAUGCGUUGUACUCUGAAGGACGCGCAGAACCGAAAAUAAAAAUAACAUUCGCCCACCUUCCCUGCCUGUGUAAUUCAGGACUCCACUAGAGAAGAUUUCUGCAAUUUCUCAGCAAAGCUACGGGACUGGUGUUAGAACCAGGCUGUAAACGGUGCUAUUUCUAUCCUCAAGGGAUCAUUUUCCAGAACUCUUUAAAAAAAAAAAUACACAGAAAAACAACAAAAAAAUUUUUUGACACUUUUUGUAUUUUUUCCCUAAGAGCUGUUUGUGGUUGUUGAGGUUUGAAAUGCUGACUGUUUUUUGCAGGGGUUUCCACCAAUUUGGAAGGCAUUGGAUGAAGCUGGCACCUUCUUAUGUACAGCAUUAAUCUGACUUUUGGGAUUUGCUGGCAUUUCAGCCCAACUCGGUUUCAGUGCCCUUCCAGGCACCAGAAAAUCCAGUAAAUCCUCUUUCGAGGACUCCUUCCUGUUGACUCUGUUACCAUUUUUGAAAAUUUUAGUUAUUUUUUUCCCCAUUUCGGGUUUUUUUUUUUUUGGUUCCGAUUUUUUUUUUCCCCAAGGGGGCGGGGUGGGGGCGGGGGGUGUAGUCUAGGUUUAUUUAUCUGAGCAAUAACUUCUAUGUCUGGUUUCAGUGGCUGGAAUUAAAAAAACAAACCUUCUGAACAGUGUGGUGCUUUAGCAUUCGGUUGAUGUACAGAACCCAGAUAUUUAGGUUCUAGUGUCACUGAUGGACUAGUGAUGUAGAGGAGAGACCGCUCUGUAAGUAAUUGCUACAGCUGUAUUUUGGCUUUCUCUUCUUAUUUUUUUUGUUUUGUUUUUUGGGGUUUUUUUUUUUUGAUUUUUUGGUUUUUUUGGGGGGCGGGGGGGGUAGCGUGUAUCCAUUGUUGCAGUUUAUAUUGUGGAAUAAAUCCUUGGUUAUGAUAUACAA